GUGAGAGAGAGAGAAAGAACAAAACUUAGAAAGCAGAGAAGAGUUAAGUGUUAGAGAGAGAGAUCGGAGAUGUGUAGCAACAAAACAAGUCCGGUCGUCGGAGAAGAAAAACAGAGUACUAGAACAUCAAAGAGGAUCAAGAAGAGAAAAAACAGAGAAGCUACCAUCACCAUGGAGGAAAAGUCUCCUUCCAAUCUUGACGCGUCUCGUAAGAUCAGAACAAAAACGAAAAAACCUAAAUUUCUCAGUCUCAAGCUCGAACUCAACACUUCUCACGAGAUCAACGAGAAUUCCAGAGCCAAGAAGAGCAAGAAGAAGAAGAACAAAAAACAGAGCAAGAAGAAAGAACCUGAUACGACGCCGUUUAAAGAGAAGAAGAGAGCAGAGACUACUCUCGGAGGAGGAGAGAAAGAAGAAGAGCAAUACGACACCGUCGCAGAUUACCUCUUCAAUUCCGCCACCGACAGUACAAUUUCUUCGAUCCACGAUCUCCUCCCUACCUCCGCCGCAACGGAUAUAGAUUGCGGCGGAGAAAGGAAUAAUCUCUCUCCGUACGAUCGUCAGGAGCAUGGAUCGUCGUCUUCUUCCCUUCUAAAGACAGCGAUGAGGAAAGGAGCGAGCGAGGAGGAGGAGACGACGGAGGAGCGGUGGGUGAGUUAUUCAGAGGUUGUUGAAGAGGUGAUGAGUCGGAGCGGGACUCCACGGUGUUGCGGAGGCGAUGGAAACGAUGGGCGGCCUUCGUUGGCUCUGAAGCUUGAUUAUGAGCAGAUCAUGGAGGCAUGGUCGGAUAAAGGUACGCUUUAUGUCGACGGAGAACCGCCGCAGAUGGUGCCGGACUUGCAUGCUUCCACUGAUGGGUUUACCGACUGCGGAGAGGCGGGGAAUUUAUGGGCAGUGCCGGAGAUGGAAACGACGGAGAGGUUAUGGAGGGGGCAUAGAGAAGCCAGCUUGCUUCGGUAUAAAGAGAAACGGCAAAACCGUCUUUUCUCUAAGCGGAUUCGAUAUCAAGUUCGUAAACUCAACGCUGAGAAACGUCCUCGUGUUAAAGGCCGGUUUGUGAAGAGAGACGAUUCGUAAACCACUAAAAAAGCUGGUGUCAUUAGGACAUAAUACACUAGUCUUGGAAAUAACCAAGUGACGGGUGUUUGGUAUAAUAUGAUAUUGUUAUUUUGUAACUUUUUGAGAAGUUAGGGCUCAACCGGAGCAUGCCGAGAUUUGAAGAUGAUAUUGGUCUGUAUAGGGGUCUUGACCAGCUCGGUUAUGCAAAAAUUUCGGUUUUGUUUGGCUGCAUUAGUUCUCUUAUUAGAAAAGUUAACUAAUUUGUACCAAAUCAUCUGAACAAUAAUGAUAAUAAAAGUGGAUGUCAAUGAUAAUAAGUUCAUUAA